AUUAUUUAAUAACUAUAAAAAUACACACUUUGAUCAGAUUGGUUAUAAAAUCCAAGCCCGUGCCUCUCAACUCCUACCCACUGCCUAUUUGAGCCAUUUACCGCCACGCCCCGUCUAAAAUUGUUAUUCAUCCUACUCAAAAAUCACUUUCUGGGUGUCAAAACAAACACGUCCUGGUACCAUAAGAAGUCUCACCGGUGACCACAAAACCAUCAACAACCGAAUAACAAUGCAAAGUCGCCGGUUUUAGGAGAAAGGCUACCGAGGAGUUCGCUUUGGCUCUUGAGGACUGGGAUGUCCGAGUCGCGGUAUGAAGACAUACUUUAGCCGGGUGAGAGUAACCGCAGGUGGGAGAGGAACACGGGAGUUUGUGACAGCGAGCGUUUCUCCAGCACGCGCUUGAAUGCACGCGGAUUUGAUGCAGAAAUAAUUGCAGACUGUGACUAUGAUCUCAGCGCAGCACCUGAGAAGCUGCCGUGCACCUGGGCUCUGUCUUCAAAUACUUUACAGUGUACUCAUACUGUGGACCAAAGAGAUGGACGGACUCUCGGAUUUCUCAAAUUAUCUGUUUAGGAUCAUCAAAAGUCAAUCAGCUCAAGCCUGUGAUGGAGAUCUGCUGAUCCUCAAGUGUCCACGACACUCCACCAUAACUAUUCAGUCUGCAUUUUAUGGACAGAGUGAAACCCUGGUCGGACUUGAGCCAAGAAUGAGAUGCCAAUGGCAUAACCACAGCUGUUCUGCUUCCACAACACUGCAGAAAGUGCUUUCUGAAUGCCAAGGUCACAGAGAUUGCCAGUUUCUGGUUAAUCAUCAAGUCUUUGGCAAAGAUCCUUGUCCAGGAAUCCCUAAAUACAUCAAUGUGUCAUACAGGUGUAAACCUACUGAGCACAAGAGGAAAGUAACAUGCGAGGGUGAUCGACUUCUGCUGCACUGCAAGUAUCCAAAAGUGCUGAAUAUCUACUCUGCUGUUUAUGGCAGACUGUUGGAGGAGGAAGACUUGUGUUCAUCUGAGGAACAAAAACCUCCGUAUGGUAUGUUUUUGGGGUUAUGUAAGAUUUAUAUUGAGUAAUAUACACCUACUGGACACUUUAUCCGGUACAUCACACCUUUCUGAUCAGCCAAUCACAAGGCAGCAGCUCUUAGUGUAUUUAGGCAUGUAGAUGUGGUCAAGAUGUCUUAUUUUGAAAUGUGGCAUACACACAAAAUGGGGGUGGAAAGUGUGUACACCACUUCCCAUGCUAAACAAACUUGAUGUGAGAAUGUGCGCAGAUGUAAACUCCAAGUAAACAUACUUAACCUAAAUAUUACCUUAAUUACGCCACUUUAAACCGUUGUAUAUUAAAUCAUCAAUUAUUGAUAAAUAAAUUCAAAUGAUUCUAGUGUUUGUUUACUUUUAGGAAGGUUUCUACACCUUUUUAUAAAUGAGACCCCUGGUGAAGUUCAAAUCAGAGAGGCGAUUUAUAUGACUUUAAACCUGGCAUGGUUAUUGGAUCUAGUUUUUUUUUAAACUCUAGGAUUUAAAGAAAGUUGUCUUACAAAGUAGUACCCAGCGACAUCAAAAGAUAAUGACCUGGGGUGUGUUUCUGAAAAGCAACCUUAGUUGACUAAUGAUGGAAAUUCCAUUGCUACAAACAUAGUUCAUUGAUUUUGCGUUCCCAAAUUCUUCAUUCCAACAAACUUUCGUAAACUGCAUCACAAACUUGUACGCCUGCAACUACAUAUCUAGAGCUGUAAUUAGUAGCAUAGUGCCUUGCUGUGUUCCAUUUCCAGUUAUCCUCCCUACGCCCUAUUCAUUU